ACUAUGCUGUCCCUUUUUCAAGGUCUAUAUCAGGUUUGAAUAAUUUUAACAUUGAUGGGGAGAAACAGAUGGUUUACUACCAUCGAUGGAUGUUUCAAGGCUAGUGAAUUAUUUGGCAUCUAAGUAUCAGUGCAUGGCUCCAGAUAAAUUGAAAACAUAAUUCUUAAUUAAUAAAUGAUUAAUAGAAAAAAAUUAUAGAACAUAUAUAUAGAAUUAUUUAGUAAAUCUUUGUCUUUAUUUAGAUUGUCUUAGUUUUAAAAAAUGGCAGAGGGUGGUAGCAGAAAACGAACCUCACUUACUCAAGAUGAAGCUGAAACAUCUCACAGUCAGAAGAGUCACAGUGAUGCUUCUCAUGAUGAAUAUGAAUCUCCUGAUGAAGGAAGCAUCCACAGGGCCCCAAAGUUCACAGAUGAUGAAACAGACACCCUCAUUGACCAAGUUAUUCAUCAUACAUGUCAGCUAUUUGGUCCCGAAGCUUUUAAUGUACACCAGAAAUUUAAAAAUAAUACUUGGGAAGAAAUAGCAAAAUCUGUGUCUACAGCUCGAGAUAUACAUCGAACUCCUGAAAGCUGCAAAAAGAGACUACGUGACUGUAAGAGGAAGACAAAUCAUAAAAUAAAGUGUAGAAGAAAACUCCAAAAGGUUUGGGAGAAAAAACUAGAAGAGCACUUUAGAAUGGUACAAGAUGACGAGAGGCCACCCACUGGUUCCCAGGAACUUAAGGUUGCUCAAGAAAAAAAUCAAAAGAAAACACAUAAGAAAAAGCAGAAGAAUUUGGAAGAGCAACAGUCUGGUUCCUUUACAACAAUUUCAAGGAAAGUUUCUUUUUCUGAAACAAAAACAGUUAUGACAGACAAUUUUCCUCCAACUGCGGAUGAACCAUCAGUGAUGCCACAUAUUUUAACAUUGGACAAUCCUUCCAUGGUGGACGAACCAUCAAUGCUGCAUCAUGAUGCAACAGCGGACCAUGCUACCAUGUUGGACCAACCAUCAAUGCUGCAACAUACUUCGACAGUGGAUGAUACUUCCUUUGUGGCCGAACCAUCAAUGCUGAAACAUUCGGCAAGAGUGGAUGAUCAUUCCACGGCGGACCAAACAUCAAUGAUGCAAGAAUAUUCUUCUGUGGUUCAAAGUUCCACUACGGUAGAGACUUCCACGGUAAAUGAAACAUCCAUGAGGCAAGAACAAUCAACAAUGGAUGAUCCUUUCAUGGAGGAAGAAAAUUCAACCAUGCUAAACCCUUUAAUGUUAGAUAAAGCCAUAGAAAGCAACAUGGUGACUGCCACACAGACACAGGAUAACAUUAAUGAGGAGCCUGUAUUGCACAGCCAGAAAAGUAAUAUUGAUACAGAAGAUACCAACCAGGUGGAAUUGAAUGCAGAGACUGCACAUUCUAGUGUAAUUGACCAUGGUCUUCAAGACCAAUUCCUGGACUCUACAAAUCAAGAACUUUUUAUACACACAGAAUGUGACGUUAGCAGAUCACAAACCAUUAGCCAACAGGAUUCUUUAAAGGAAACCAUGCAGCUAAUUGAGAGGAAUAGAAAUGAAGAAAUGAAAAAAAUUGAACAUCAAAUAAAUCAGCUGAAUAAUAAUAUACAGAUUCUCAACACAACACAAAGACAACAGAAUCAAGCACUUGUCACUCUUGCAAAUUUUUACGAUCAUCUUGUUUCAUCACAGAAUGUGGCAGCAAUCAACUACCAACAGAUGCAGCACAGUAUAAAUCAAAUGCUAGCAUGGCAGUAUGAGACUAUUACCAUCACACGCAUGAUUUCCACUUUCAUGCAACUGUUGACAGAAGAAAGACAAAGAAUGUCCAGAUCAGAUAAUCCUUCUUGUAUAUCCAAUGCUACAGCAGGAACCUUUGUAUCCAGCUGUACACGUGGAGACUAUGUAACAAGCUCUACACACAGAGAGUAUGCAACGAGCGCUGCACCUGGAACCUAUCUAUACACCACUUUACCAGGAGAAUCUGUAUCCACCCCUGCAGCAGGAACAGAUGUAUCCACCACUUUACCAGGACCCUAUGUAUCCACCACUGCAACAGUAACCUAUGUAUCCACCACUUUACCAGUAUACUCUGUAUCCACUGCUGCAGCAAGUACCAAUGUUUCCACCACUUUAACAGGACCAUAUGCAUCCUACACUUUACCAGGACCCUAUGUAUCCACCACUGCAGCAGGACCCUAUCUAUCCACUACUUUAACAGGACCCUAUGUAUCCUCGACAUUAUCAGAACCCUAUGUAUCCAUCCCUGCACCAAGACCCUAUGUAUCCACUACUUUAACAGGACCCUAUGUAUCCUCGACAUUAUCAGGACCCUAUGUAUCCAUACGUGAAACAGGACCCUGUGUAUCCUCCACUUUUGCAGGACCCUAUGCAUCCAUCCCUGCACCAAGACCCUAUGUAUCCACCACUGCAACAGAACCCUAUGUAUGCACGACUGUAACAGGACACUAUGUAUCCUCAACUUUAGCAGAACCCUAUGUAUCCAUCCCUGCAUCAAGACCCUAUGUAUCCACUACUUUUACAGGACCCUAUGUAUCCUCCACUUCAGCAGGACCCUAUGUAUCCACCACUGCAACAGAACCCUCUGUAUCCACGACUAUAACAGGACACUAUGUAUCCUCAAUUUUAGCAGAACCCUAUGUAUCCAUCCCUGCAUCAAGACCCUAUGUAUCCACUACUUUUACAGGACCCUAUGUAUCCUCCACUUCAGCAGGACCCUAUGUAUCCACCACUGCAACAGAACCCUCUGUAUCCACGACUGUAACAGGACACUAUGUAUCCUCAAUUUUAGCAGAACCCUAUGUAUCCAUCCCUGCAUCAAGACCCUAUGUAUCCACUACUUUUACAGGACCCUAUGUAUCCUCCACUUUAUCAGGACCCUAUGUAUACAACAACUUACAUGGAGACUAUGUAUCCACUGCUUAUAGAGGCCUCAAUGUAUCCACCACUGCACCAGGGCCCUAUUUAUUGAAGCCAAAACCAGGACACUCAGAAUCCACUACUGGACAAAUUGCCUCAGAAUCCACCGCUGACUCAGGACCCUCAGAAUCCACCGCUGCAACAGGAAAGUAUAAAUCCACCGCUGCACCUGUACCCUCUGAAUACAGCCCUGAAAACACAAAUUUGAGAAGCAUAGCUGUAGCAUCAGAAGUGCAUUCAAGAUUGCAAUUGGCUUAUCGACCUAGCUCAAGCUAUGAUGAGAAUAUGGAUCUUCGAGUCAGAUUAGAGCGUGCAAAUAUUCAAAUUCAACAUUGGAAGAGACAGGAAGCUAACGAUGAGGAUGAAGCUUAAAUAUUAAAGAUAUGUCACAAACGGUCUUGCGAGCCAGGGUGAAGGAACUGAAGACAGAGGGAUACAGAGUCAUCCAUGUGUCCUGUUUGAAAAGA